ACAACAAAACUAUCAGUGUAACGUCCACUACAUUUGACAGGUCAAAGAACUCCCUUCCUUAAGGACUUUACAAUAACCUUACAGGAGGCUAAAGCAUACAUAUCCGUGGGUAGUGGGUAAGCCUUGAGAGCACACUGUAAGUCUUGAUAACAUUUUGAGGUAGAGAACUAGUAGACACUGAUCUGUUUUCCGGACCUCAAUGUAAUUGCAAGGGCACUUCAAGAGGGUAAGGGGCUAUUGCAACUACCCAAAUUCGCUAUUGUAGCAUAAAAGCUUUAAUUGACAGCACGUAUAGGAAUGAAAGGCUGUGUUCUAAUGAAACUGUAAAAAGCAGACACAAAUAUGAAUGUCAUAUAAUUGUCAUGUGUCGCACAACAUUUUUUUUUUUAACCUUUGAAAAAUGUGAAACCCAUUUUUAGCUCCCAGCUAUAUACAGCAGAACCUGCGAUGGGCCGGAUUUGCCCUGAGGGUUGUAGUUUGCCCCUGUGGUACGCAUGAAAUGCCAGAAUUUUAAAAAGAUGUGUUAAGUGUGGGACCAUUUAUGGGGCGGUUUAUGCUAACUUCCAAUACUGUAAUAUAUGUCAAAUCGCUUUUGAGUGCCAUUUAGUCUGGGUGGCCAUGCCCAGGAAUAGAUACAGAGAAAGGGGCGCGGCGGUGCCGCGCACCACCCUCUAGGAAACUGGUAUCGCAGCCCGCAGCUCCUAGGAACUGAGACAGCUUGGGCAGGGGCUUCAGGGACGCGGAGAGGGAGGCUUAUCUCUGCCUAAAGAGGAUAGCGGCCCCCAAACAAGCAAGCCAGGAUACUGCUCCCAGGUCCCGCCCACGAAGGCAAAACGAAGUCCCACCGCUCACACACCCGGGAAACACAACAGGAGCACAGCACGCCCCACCGGCAAGCCACGGCUCGCGCAUCACGCACGCACGCACGCACGCACGCACGCAUACACGUCUGUCGCUGCUUCCCGCCUUGCGCUCCGUCAUGCUCUAUUGCGCAUACCUCGGGGAGGGGGAAGAACGGAGAUUGACAGGGACGCAGAGGCCUGAGCGAGGCGGAAAAACCUCACCCGGGCUAGCGGGUAGACCCAAACGGCUAGUGCGUCACUUCCGCUGGGGGCGGGGCGGGGCUGAGUGGGUGGUGACCCAGCUGCUGCGCCAGUGUUUGUGUUGGAAGCUCAGCUGAUGCAGGCCGGUAGGAGUGGACGUCAAUCCCGGGAACGAGCGAGUCGCCGCUGCAGCCCUUGUGACUGCGGCCUGCAUCCCGGUAAGACCAUGAAUUAUGGCAUUUCUUAAAUGAAGCACUCAAGAAGUGAGGGAAUGUCAUAGAAAAUAAAUGAUUUUUAAGUUAUGUCUAUUAAUCUGACUGUAGAUAUAUAUAUUUACCUCCUUAGUAAUGCAAGAAGUGUUUGUGGGAAGCAGAGAAGCAAGCAGCUGCAUUUCUUGUUCUCACCUAAGCAUUGCUGGAGGAUAAGCCACAUCAGUCUACAAAGAGGUUUUCAUACAAACAUAAUAAGAUGUAAAUGGACCAAAAGCGAAGCACAUUCUUGCAGUAAGCACUGUUACUCUCCAAGCAACCAUGGUUUACAUAUUGGAAUUUUGAAACUUAGCACUUCUGCUCCCAAGGGACUUACAAAAGUGAACAUUUGUAUGUCCCGUAUUAAAAGUACUUUGAACUCUGUUUCAAAGGCUAUUUUUGGCAAUCGAAAUGAAAUGAUUUCACGUUUAGUUCAAUUUAAGCCAAGUUCCCAAAUAUUAAGAAAAGUAUCAGAUAGUGGCUGGUUAAAACAGAAAAACAUUAAACAAGCCAUCAAAUCUCUGAAAAAAUAUAGUGACAAAUCAGCAGAAAAGAGUCCUUUUCCAGAAGAGAAAAGUCACAUUAUAGACAAAGAAGAAAAUAGAGGUAAACGCAGUCUUUUUCAUUACACAAAUAUUAUAACCACAAAAUUUGGAGAGUCAUUCUACUUUUUAUCAAAUCAUAUUAAUUCAUACUUCAAACGUAAGGAAAAAAUGUCUCAAGAAAAGGAAAAUGAACAUUUCCAGGACAAAUCAAAACUUGAAGAUAAAGAGGUGGAAGAGGGGAAAUUAAGUUCUCCAGAUCCUGGCAUCCUGGCUUACAAGCCAGGCUCAGAAUCUUUAGAUACUGUGGACAAGCCUACAAGUCCUUCUGCAAUACCUGAUGUUCUUCCAAUUUCAACUAAACAAAGUAUUGCUAACUUACUUUCUCGUCCCACUGAAGGUGUACAAGCUUUAGUAGGUGGUUAUAUUGGCGGACUUGUCCCCAAAUUAAAGUAUGAUUCUAAGAGUCAGUCAGAAGAACAGGAAGAGCCUGCUAAAACUGAUCAGGCUGUGAGCAGAGACAGAAAUGCAGAGGAGAAAAAGCGUUUAUCUCUUCAGCGAGAAAAGAUUAUCGCAAGGGUGAGUAUUGAUAACAGGACCCGGGCAUUAGUUCAGGCAUUAAGAAGAACAACUGACCCAAAACUCUGCAUUACUAGGGUUGAAGAACUGACUUUUCAUCUUCUAGAAUUUCCUGAAGGAAAAGGAGUGGCUGUCAAGGAAAGAAUUAUUCCAUAUUUAUUACGACUGAGACAAACUAAGGAUGAAACUCUUCAGGCCGCAGUUAGAGAAAUUUUGGCCCUAAUUGGCUACGUGGAUCCAGUGAAAGGGAGAGGAAUCCGAAUUCUCUCAAUUGAUGGUGGAGGAACAAGGGGCGUGGUUGCUCUCCAGACCCUACGAAAAUUAGUUGAACUUACUCAGAAGCCAGUUCAUCAGCUCUUUGAUUACAUUUGUGGUGUAAGCACAGGUGCCAUAUUAGCUUUCAUGUUGGGAUUGUUUCAUAUGCCCUUGGAUGAAUGUGAGGAACUUUAUCGAAAAUUAGGAUCCGAUGUAUUUUCACAAAAUGUCAUUGUUGGAACAGUCAAAAUGAGUUGGAGCCAUGCAUUUUAUGACAGUCAAGCAUGGGAAAACAUUCUUCGGGAUAGAAUGGGAUCUGCACUGAUGAUUGAAACAGCAAGAAACCCCACAUGUCCCAAGGUAGCUGCUGUAAGUACCAUAGUAAAUAGAGGGAUAACACCCAAAGCUUUUGUGUUCAGAAACUAUGGUCAUUUUCCUGGAAACAACUCUCAUUAUUUGGGAGGCUGUCAGUAUAAAAUGUGGCAGGCCAUUAGAGCCUCAUCUGCUGCUCCAGGCUACUUUGCAGAAUAUGCAUUGGGAAAUGAUCUUCAUCAAGAUGGAGGUUUGCUUCUGAAUAACCCUUCGGCUUUAGCUAUGCAUGAGUGUAAAUGUCUUUGGCCAGAUGUCCCGUUAGAGUGCAUAGUAUCCCUGGGCACCGGACGUUAUGAGAGUGAUGUGAGAAACACGGUAACACACACAAGCCUGAAAACCAAACUUUCUAAUGUUAUCAACAGUGCUACAGAUACAGAAGAAGUCCAUAUAAUGCUUGAUGGCCUGUUACCUCCUGACACCUAUUUUAGAUUCAAUCCUGUAAUGUGUGAAAACAUACCUCUAGAUGAAAGUCGAAAUGAAAAGCUGGAUCAGCUGCAGUUGGAAGGGUUGAAAUACAUAGAGAGAAAUGAACAAAAAAUGAAAAAAGUUGCAAAAAUAUUAAGUCAAGAAAAAACAACUCUGCAGAAAAUUAAUGAUUGGAUAAAAUUAAAAACUGAUAUGUAUGAAGGCCUUCCAUUCUUUUCAAAAUUGUGAUGAGUAUAUGCAUAUGGCCUCAUAAAUGAAGCCCUGUUCAGAAGGUCCACCACAUUCAAUAAGGAAUUGUGGGAUUCGACAUGAGUUAACUUUGAAAUACUUACGAAUUCUGGAGAAUCCUGAAAAAGAUGGUGCUUUGACCAGCUUGCACAGUACAGAGAAUAUUCUUGGUUACAGAAUUCAUAUGGGAACUAGACUUUUAAGAUGUUAAUAAUUAACUAAGCUUUAGUAACCUUACUGUGCUAGUUGGUUUUAGUAGAUGUUGGUGUUAUAUUGUUUGAUGUUUGAAAAUUUAUUAAUAUAUGUGCCGAACAAGAAACCGAAAGCUAUAUUGUACUUUGUGUUUUUACUUUAGUCCUCAUAAUCAUGUUAAAUUUAUGUGAUCAUUGAUUUUAUUUCAUAUGGAAAAGCUAAUUUCUUCUUAAAUUUAUGUUACCUAAUCUCACUAGCUAUGUUCUCCAAUCCACACUGCCUUUAUUGUAAUAUCGUCUAAAUAGAUGCAGAAAAUGGAAUUUUCUCUAUUAAAGUAUUUUACAUUUGAAAUAUGAAAGAACCAGAUACAGUUUUCUAUUCAAAUAUGUUUAUUUUAACAUUGGUUAAAAAAGGUGAAGUUCCAGUCAACCACUUUUUAAUCCCUAAAAUUUCAAGAUAAUGCUGUAUUAACUUUUCCAGAUCUAACACUAGCUUAUUCUUCCCUGUUAUAAAAUGGUUUGAACUUACUGAGAAAAUAUUCCUAUCAUUAACAAAAAUAAACUAUUUAAAUAAUCUGUUAAAA